AUGGGGAACGCGGCGAGCUUUUUUAGUUACGAAGACCCGACUUAUCAAAACUAUCAAGAAAACAAAAAUGGAGUCAGCUACAACUACUGGAUCAGCGAGCCCUCAGACGUCCCACCCGCGCGAAUCACCACGAUCAAAGGAAAACCUUCCCGCCGCUAUCUCCGCCACUUCCAGUUGGUCGAUCAGCGCCGCGAAGAGCAGCUCAGACGAAAGUCGCAAAAAGCCAGACAUCACAAUACAAGACACGUGGGCGAUGUCCUCUCGCAAAAAGAAUUUCUGCGACUUGGCGAAAUCGACUUGACGGCUUUUCUCGAACGCGCCCCGGCGAAAUACAAUCUUCGCUCCAAAAAACGAAAUCGAAGACGAACUGCUUUUACCAAAGCCAGACCUCUGCAACACGAUUAUUUUGAUGAAUAUGCUUAUUGA